AACCGAGAAAGAAAUCUAGGGUUUCUCGUGAAGGGGAGGAAGAAGUCGGAGUGGAAGAAGAGCAGCAUCAAGAGGAUAUUGGUCAAUCUUCUACGAAGGACAAGAGCCUCUAUGAGAUGGGAGAAGCAGGAGGAGAAGGAAGCAUGGAAAGCUUUCUGAGAUGGGCCGCAAAGCUUGGAAUAACAGACUUAACUCGGUCGUUCCAAUCUCAAUUUGAUGAAGGGGGUACUUGUUUGGGCUAUUCUCUCACCAUCUCUCACUUCCCAAAGGAAGGGGGGAGAGGUCUGGCUGCUUCGCGUCAUCUCAGGAAAGGAGAAUUGGUUCUCAGAGUUCCAAAGCAGGCCUUAAUCACAAGAGAUGGUCUUCUUGUUAAAGACAAUAAGCUCUCUUUUGCUGUCAAUGGCUAUCCUUCCCUCUCCCCUACCCAUAUAUUGGCUGUUUGCCUGUUAUAUGAGAUGGGUAAAGGAAAGAGCUCGUUUUGGUAUCCUUAUUUGAUGCACUUACCGCACAGUUAUGACAUACUAGCAACUUUCAGUGAGUUCGAGAAGCAAGCUUUCCAAGUCGAUGAUGCUAUUUGGGCUACAGAGACGGCAGUGGCAAAGGCUAGACUGGAGUGGAAAGAAGCUAGUGCAUUGAUGGAAGAGCUUAAGCUUAAACCUCAGCUUCUCACUUUUAGGGCAUGGCUUUGGGCCUCAGCAACGAUAUCCUCAAGAACGCUACAUAUUCCCUGGGAUGAAGCCGGGUGUCUAUGUCCAGUUGGAGACUUAUUUAACUAUACUGCUCCUGGAGACGAGCCAGAUAUAUUUGAAAAUAUAAAGGAUUGUAUGCAUUCUUCUUCCUUGAAAGCUAGCUCUUUGCCAUAUGGGAACACUACUGGCACAGAAGCUGCAGAUCAAUGUGAAAAGCACUGUCAGAGGUUGAUAGAUGCUGGAUUUGAGGAAGAUGUUGAUGCAUACUGUUUCUAUGCUAGAAGAUUCUACAAAAAGGGCGAACAGGUUCUUUUGAGUUAUGGAACAUACACAAAUUUGGAACUUCUCGACCACUAUGGAUUUCUUCUAAACAGAAAUCUGAAUGACAAGUUAUUUAUUCCUUUGGAACCUGAGAUGUACUCUUCCAGCUCGUGGCUGAAGGAGUCAUUGUAUCUUCAAGAAAAUGGGGAGCCAUCUUUCGCCUUAUUGUCUGCUUUGAGGCUCUGGGCAACCCAGCCAAGUCAGCGGAGGUCAGUCGGACACCUUGCUUAUUCAGGAUCUCUUUUAUCAAUAGACAAUGAGAUAGCAGUAACCAAAUGGUUAUUGAAGAAAUGCCAUACUAUUUUGGAAAAACUACCGACGGUUAUCGAAGAAGAUCAUAUACUGCUCUCUGUGAUUGAUAAAGUCCGGAGUAGUCCCUCAGACCUGAAGAUGGAGUUUUCUGCUCUUGAAGGCGAGGCCUUGAGUUUCUUGGCAGCUUGUACUUUGCAGAAGAGACCAGAUGAUUCUGGGAAGAUUUGCAGGUCAAUGGAGAGAUGGGUAUUAGCAAUACAAUGGAGGCUUGGAUAUAAAAGGAUUCUAGUUGACUGCAUUUCUUACUGUAAUGAGAGGAUGAAGUCCUUAUAAAAUAGAAGUGAACAUGGCAUUAUCCAACUUGUGCAAUUUUGAUAUUUAUUGGUUUAAUGCUGCUGCUUUGCUA